GGACCCACCUUUGUUCCAACCAGCGGCGCCAUUAGUCUUUACUUAGUUUCAAAGCUCACCCACCUCUCUCUCUCUCUCUUCUUCUUCUCAAAUCCCAUUCUCCAUAUAUACCGUAAUAAACAAUUCUAAACACCUCUCUUUCUUUCUCCUUCUCUUCCCAAACCUCACAUCUUUCUCUCCAGCUUCUGCUAUUAUUUUAAUACAAUAACCAUCCAAAACCCAAUCAUACACUCGCUCGGGAUUGGUUAUUCUACCAGAUAAUCGAAAAGAAAAAACCCAAAAAACAAAAGCAAUGAAAGGAGAAUACGUAGACCAACAACAACAUCCUAAGACCGAAACACCACCUCCUAUGUUCUCCAAGCUUCAACCUCAACACCAUCCUUUCCAACACCACCCCUUCCAACUCUCCGCCGAGGACGACAACCGUGCCCUCGUCGCCACACCCCCUACUGCACAGAAGCCCAACUCCUCCGGCGGCGACGGUGCCACCAUCGAGGUGGUACGGCGUCCCAGGGGCCGUCCUCCCGGCUCCAAGAACAAGCCCAAGCCACCCGUCAUCAUAACCCGAGACCCUGAACCUGCUAUGAGCCCCUACAUUUUAGAAGUUUCCGGAGGCAACGACGUCGUCGAGGCCAUCGCGCAGUUCAGUCGCCGCAAGAAUAUGGGCAUAUGUGUCCUCACUGGUUCCGGGACUGUAGCGAGCGUCACGCUCCGUCAACCUUCCACCACACCCGGCGCCACAGUUACUUUUCAGGGCCGUUUCGAUAUCCUCUCCGUCUCCGCCACCUUCCUUCCGCAGCAAUCCGGCGUGUCUCCGGCGGUUCCCAACGGGUUCGCCAUCUCGCUCUCUGGACCGCAAGGGCAGAUCGUAGGGGGAAUGGUCGCCGGCGGGUUGAUGGCUGCGGGAACGGUGUUCGUGAUCGCGGCUUCUUUCAACAACCCGGCGUAUCAUAGGCUGCCGCCGGAGGAUGAGGGCGCAUCCGCCGGCGAUGGACAUUCGCCACCAAUCUCUGGCGGCGGAGAAAGCGGGCAUGGGCAUGGGCAGGCGGAGUCGUGUGGAAUGUCCAUGUACAGCUGUCACUUGCCUUCCGAUGUGAUUUGGGCUCCGACGGCCAGAGCACCACCGCCACCACCACCUUACUGAUCAAUCACACGUUACGUUUCUGUUUAUUUUUUCUUUUUCCGGAUUAAUUAACUUGGUGGCUAUUGUAAUCAAUUCUAUAUGUUGGUCUGUUUAAUUUGAUUUAGCCGGUUUAGUUGAAA